UUCGUGUCCGUGCUUGUUCUUGUUCUUGACCAUUAAAUCCGGAUACUACGUUUUACACAUAUUGGCACGUAUGCUUCUCGCCAUGUAUUUAUAUUUAUGGAUAUACAGGUAUGCUCUUCGAUGUUUAAUUUAUGUGUUUAUAUCCUAAGAAAUACCUUAUACCUGUAUCCUAUUCGAAGGCAGAAAAUCAUAACAAGAGUUUUUACAAGAUAAUGUACACAUAAAAGUUGGUGUAUUUUUUUAUUUUUAUUUUUUUGAGAGAUUUAAGUUACGUGUAUAUUCUAUUUCUGAACAUAUCUCUGGGUGUAUUCCUAACAUUGUUUUUAACCUCGCCGCUGAUCUGGUGGGGUCCAUCCUUUCCAGCUUUCGUGCACUUCUCGACUCUUCACUUGCAGUGCCACGUGCAGUCUUCAUUCCACAUGCACGAGGACACGUCUGGACAACACCGGAAGAUCAAGGAACAACACUCUACUCUCCCUGUGCAUGAAUAAUGAUACCUAUCCACUCCUCUUCUCUUUUGCACAGUGUCUAUAAAAUUUGCACCGUGUCUAUAAAAGGUGACACAAGCAGAGUGGAACACAAGUCUUUUGGUUUCUUACUUCGGUUCUUUUUACCCAUUUGCAGGAUCGUAGAUAGGAGCGGUAAAGAGUAAAAACUUAAACUUGACCAUCAAAAUCAAUAAACAUGGGUCCAGGCGAGGAGGUAAAGACGAGACCGGAACCCAACGUAGAGAGUUUGGAAAAGGGGGAGAUAUUCUUCUUCUAUAGGCCCAAGGUUAACAAGGAGGAAGCUCAGGGUCCUGAUGACGUGCAGCGCAUCUACAUCGUCCUUCGCCCGCAAUCCGGAAAGCAACCCGUGGAGGAGAAGCAGGCAUCCGAGUCUGGCAAGGAAGGUCGGAAGAAAGGCCGGAGUAUUAAGGAAGGCAGCGGAAAGCAACCCGUGGAGGAGAAGCAGGCAUCCGAGCCUGGCAAAGAAGGUCGGAAGAAAGGCCAGAGUAAGGAAGGCGGUCGAAACAACGACACCGUCGAAGGCGGCCGCGGCACGGAGGAGGUGGACAUAGAGAAGCAACCGCUGCUGCGUUUGAUAGUCAUGGGGAAGAAGAGGUUACCUAAUCCGAGCGAGAGAAGCCGCCCCUUCUGGGGCUUCGUGGAGCUUGUCACCACUAACGUUGACGACAUCAAAACAGCUCUUAAAGGGGAGGAAUACGAUACCGCGACGCGGGGCCGCCGCCACAGACCGCCUGCGAGGGCGCUGGCGGAGGGCGUGUAUCGCAUCCUACGCCACGUCCCGUCGGGGAGGCAGGGUCGGCAGGAGCACACCCACCUCAUCUACAAGCUCGAAUUGCCCCCUUCCGGCAGCGAGGGCGAGCCGCAGGAGUCCUUCAACGUCGAGCGCGAGGCCUCCUUCCUCAUCCAGAUCAAGAAUCCCGAAGUCGGCCGCGGCGACGGCAGCGACAUCGGCGGCGGCUUCAGGGGUCUGCAGACCAAGCGGAAGGCCGCAUUCCCGGCGCGCCUGCAAGGGCAGUUCGGGGGGAAGCGCUUCAUACCCGCCGACCCACCGGACUUCUUAAACUACGAGGGCUGCGAGCUUUUACUGAUAUCAGCGUCGGACGAUAUCGAAGAGGAGUUGGGAUUGGAGCUGAAGACGGAGUGCGAGGCUGACGCCGACUGCUCGGAUCUGCUGCAGAUGUUCGGAGAGGCAGCAGCCACCAAGCCACUGCUCAGUGGAACCUGGGUCUAAUCUAGAAUUGAUUCUGCUUCUGCCAAGAGCCGCUGCUUGCUGUGCUUUUUUUUUUUCCCCAAUAAACUUGGCGAAGAAGGGAAGGUACAAACAAUUUUGGACUUUGAUCGUGUAUGUGCGAAGUUCGAUCACUUUGUAAGUUUGGCGGCUUUGUUUUGGGUUUUCCGACAUGUGCAGAAAAAAAAGAACUAACUAACCGAUGUUUUUGGCGUGGCGUUUUCAGCAGAUAUGACUAAUGUAAAUUCUCGUUAAAUAGUAUUUGAAGUUGCCAGAGUGUAGUUUCUGCCUCUUACGCAAUUUUACCUGUUAUUUUUUUCUUUUUUCUUUUUUCUUUUUUCUGUUUCUGAAGUCGAACUAUUGGUUUCCAGCAGAUACUCUCACUGCCUCACCUGCGUAAACGCUU